UUGUUUUCCGAGAGAAUGCGGGGCGGCGGCGGCGGUUCCGGGCUUGGGUUUCGCGGCGUGGUGGUGGAGGAGGAAGGGGAGGAGGUGGUGUCGGCGCCGGAGAGGCCAAUGCGGCGCCGCCGCCGACGGUGGGGGAUGGAGGUGGAAGACGGCUACUCGCCGAGCUCCACGGGCGGCGGCGGGAGCAGCUGCUGCGACUCCUUCGGCUGCGACUCGCCUUUGGCUGGGUUCGUGCGCCCAGAUGGUGACCCAGACACAGAUCUGGAGACAGAUGGGUUGGCCACUUCCUCCUCCAGUGCCUUCACGGAGCGGCAGGACGACGAGGAGGUGCUGUGCGGGGUGAAGGAAGAGGAGUGGGCGAAGGUACAAGAACCGGCCAAAAAUCCGGCAGGCCGUUCCACCCCAGAAUGCCACAACCAGCGGCACCGAACGGAGGCUACUGUUCUUUUGCACGGUAGGAAGGGGUCAAAACAGCGACCAGCCUCGCUCGACUUCGGUAGCCCUGGGUUCCAUGGAGCCACAUUUUCACCGAAUUUCGUGGUUGGUGGUGUGGGUUUGAUGAACAAGGGACUUGUAGCAUCACACAUCAGGUCAGACGUGUUUCAUAGUCCUGGAACACCGAACUAUCCGUGGCACCGUGCAUCAGUGUUGGGGUUCCAGAAAGGGUGGUGCUCUGAGAGAGUGCCGCAUCCUUCCAAAGGAAGUAGGAGGUACCCUGGGAGCAGCAUGGCAUUUCCUUACAGCAAUGGGAGGACAUUGCCCUCAAAAUGGGAGGACGCAGAGAGGUGGAUCUUCAGUCCUAAUUCCAGUGAAGCUCUUGGAAGAAGCACGGUUGCUCAUGCUCGGCGACCAAAGUCUAAAAGUGGCCCCUUGGGACCUCCGGGAAGACUUGGCGGACAGUAUUCAUCUGUUUCUUCAGUGUCGGUGCUUGACAGUGGGAGAGCUGGACCUAUUACAUCAAAUUCACCUUUCGUGGCAGGAGUACUAAUGCCGGAACAUGUUUGUGGAGGGAAAAAUGCAAAUGGAACGUGUUCGGGUAGACCAGCUGGUGAUGAAACCACCAUUGGAAGCAAUGUCAGGUUUUAUCCACCAAAUGGUGGAUCUCAUGCUAUUCGAUCUUCCAGAGUUCGUCGUCGAUUAGAUGCUGCCAUUGAGUCAUCUGCUUCAUUGCCUAGCACCCGAGAAUCUAUCCAAGGUGAGCAGGUUGAAAUCACAGAAGAUUCAGCUACUACUUUUGCCUCGAUGAUUUCCAGGAAAGAUGCUGCAACUCAAACUAGCCCAGAGCUAAGUAGGUCCUCUUCGCCCAACAGACCAACAUUUACCUGUUCACUGUCGAUGCAACAAGUCAAAGAGAGUGAGAGCUGUUUCUCGGAUCUUGAGAUCAGGGAUGUUCAGAUGGAUGAUCGAGUGACUCUGACUAGGUGGUCAAAGAAAAAUGUAACACGGUCAUCUAACAAGAAUUCAACAAACGUAAUAGAGUGGAAGGAAAAGACAGUUGAAUCAAAAUCUUCAUCCUGGGGCUUUGCCGAAGCAAAGUGCAUAUCUAAGAUUGAGAGAGAGGAUGCAAAAAUUACCGCAUGGGAGAAUAUUCAAAAGGCAAAAGCUGAGGCAGCAAUUCAGAAGUUAGUGAUUAAGCUCGAGAAGAAAAGAUCAUCUUCGCUGGACAAGAUUUUGAACACCCUCAAGUCUGCUCAAAGAAAAGCACAGGUGAUGCGUGAGCGUGAUGCAGCAACAGCAAAGCAAGAUGAAAAAGGCUCUAGGAAGGCAAAAAAGACAGCACAGCUUAGCAAGAAUGGCCAAAUCAGUUCAUUGAGUGGCUGCUUCACUUGCCAUGCUUUCUGAUACAUGUGCUUCCACUCCACAAUAGAGAAUUGGAACCCGAGGAAUUCCUUUGUAUUCUCUACAUCAAAAUCAGGGUGAAGUUCAUAGAUCCAUCACAUUUCAGUACAUAAUAGCGAUACAUCUGCAUCUGGAGCUUACUUAAAUCUUCAGAAGAUGCUAGCUGCAGCUGAUAUGAUAGGGACCAUGCAUUAUCUACAGUGCUGCUCUGUGUUAGUUUCGAUUCUACCAAGGGGACAAAAGAAAAUGGAGCCACGAACGAAAGGGGGAACGGUUCUGCAAACACCCCAUGUGCCUGGUUGAUGCUCGGCAUAACGAUAAAGGCCUCCUUUAUCAUUGUUCCAGUACCUAGCCAGCCUUGUAUGCUGUAGCUAGGUACUGUGAGUCUGCGAGCGAUGUGCCUGCCAAAGCCGAUAUGGAUCAUAUGAAGUGCAAUUCCAGAUCAACAGACAACAGAAUCUUCAGGUAUGAGGAGUAAGCACGGCCUGCUUGUGCUGGUGAGUAGAGUACCCUGCUGGGUGUUGGAGCGGAACCAAGCUGCUUUGCUGCUUUUGUUUGGUACAGUGCUUUACGAGCAUGCGAUGGUGGUGGCUACUUGCAUCUGCUUUCAGCAGCGUCGGUGUGUAUCCUCCUUUGGGAAUAUGAGAUGUUUGUUUGGCCUGGAUGCUUUGGAAUAUCUUUGCACAUGUACAUAUAUGCCUUCGCGUUACAGCAUUUUUUUGUAUGCUGAAUUGUUGUGGGUGUCAUUUACAGCAGCACUACAUUCAUCUGGAAUGAGUGGUUUCUUCAACAUAUUCUUCACACGCUUGGGUGGCAUAUUUUACAUUAUCUUUCAGUGGGCCAUUUGGUCGGACAGGAUAAGAUAAACUUUUGACAAGGCUA